AUGUGGAGGGAGAAGUGGUCUUAAGUUCUCCUGAGGUCAAUGAUCAGCUCCUUUGUCCUGGAAGUGUUGGGUUAGGGUUACUAACCAACUCGCAAGAUGGUUCACCUCGAGCCUGUAUGCUGUCUCCUCAGUGUCUGCAGUCAGGCCCACCACAGUUGUCAUCAGCAAAUGUUUGGAUGGAGUUGGCGGUGUAGAUGGGUGCAGUCAUGUGUGGAGGCUCUGGACUGCACACAGCCUGGUGGGGUGCCUGUGUUCAGGAGGAGGCUGGAGGAGGAGCUGUGGUCAAUGUGAGAGAGUCCAUGACCCAUGAACACAGCCCAGGGUCUGGAGUUUACUGCCCAGCUUCUUGUGAAGGAAACACAGCUGACGGGUUGACAUUGAAGCCGGCAGACUGGCCAAUAUAAUUCAAUAAUCAGUGCAGAACUCCCAAAGGACUGUUUGACUCUGUUAUAGUGAAUGUUACAACUUUUACAGCUAAAUGAUCAUCAAAUGUUACCUAAUAUCAGCCUUUCUCUAUCCUGCACGCUGUUUUGUUUUGUUUUUUAUUUAAGGAAUAUGUUUAUUUCUGUCGCUGACCCGUUUCAAUCUCUGUGGUUCAGACUGAGGUCACGAGUAGUGAAAGCGCUUAUUUACGAGCUUUUUCGUGCACAAUGAAUGCGUCUUGACCUUUCACCCAGCACAUUACCGACACACAGUCAUGCGGUUGUUGCCGGUGUGUGUGUGAGUGAGUGAGUGUGUGUGUGGCUGGCUGACUGACUGACAGCCCGCUGCUCGGUGAACUGCCCGGUUACCGGAGACGUUAACGGGUCUGAGGAGUAGUUAGCGGGUUAGCUAGAGGUCAGAGUGGAGGAGUUAGCGGCUAACGGCUAACAAACGAUGGAGGAGUUUCUGUCGAGCUGCCGCCGAGCCGUGCAGGCGAACUCAGGUGAGGCUGGUUCAGGGUUCCACGUUGUUCUGGGGAAUGAAGCCUGUGACGUGGACUCGAUGGUCUGUGCUCUGACCUACGCCUACUUCCUGUCCAAGACUGUACAGAGUGAGAUGCUCACCGUCCCUCUGCUCAACAUUCGUCAGUCUGACCUGGUGCUGCGCUCAGACAACGUCUUCCUGCUGCGACAGAUCGGUUUGUCUCCAGACCUGCUGCUGUUCAGAGACCAGCUCGACUUGCGAGCACUGCAGCGUGCCAGACGCCUGCAGCUGACGCUUGUUGACCAUAAUGUCCUGCCCAGUUCAGACCGUAACCUGGAGGGGGCAGUGGUGGAGGUGAUCGACCAUCACCUGCAGGAGAGAGAGUCCUCCCAUUCCUGUCCUGUUACCGUGGAGAUGGUGGGAUCCUGUGCUACACUGGUAACAGAACGCAUCAUCCAAAAAGCCCCAGAAAUCCUGAACCAGGAUGUCGCCCAGCUGCUCUACGCGGCCGUGGUGCUGGACUGUGUCAACAUGGCGCCCUCAGCAGGCAAAGUGACCCCUAAAGACGCUGAGUUUGUGGCGGCGUUGGAGAGUCGUUUCCCUUCUCUGCCACCGAGAGGCGCUCUGUUCCAGAACCUGAACCAUGCCAAGUUUGACGUCUCAGGUCUGAACACUGAACAGAUGUUGUUGAAGGACAUGAAGUCUCUUUCAGGAAGUCUCAACAUCGCUGUCUCCGUCCUCUACAUCCAGCUGCAGGACUUCCUGCAGAGAGCGGACUUGGAAGCGGAGCUCUCAGCCUUCUGUCUGAAGUUUGGAUUCGACCUGCUGCUGCUGAUGACCAUCUCCUUCACUGAGAGCAAAGAGCCAAUCAGAGAGCUCGCUGUGUUCAGCCACAGCACCACCUGCAGGGAGGAGGUGAGCCUCUACCUGGAACAGGCACAUAACCCCGCCCUCAACCUCUGUCCAAUCAGCAACCCCCAUCCUCACAUCAGUGCCUAUCGGCAAGGAAACUCUCUGGCGUCCCGUAAGAAGCUCCUCCCCAUCAUUAAGGACUGCCUGAAGGAGCGCGACGCAGGCGGUUGCCUGGGAGACAGUCGCCUUGGAGACGCUGAGGAGGAAGAGGAGGAGUCUCAGGUCCCUCCGACCCCAAUGAACAGUCUGGUGGACGGCUGUCCUCUGGACGGCGGCCUGCCGCACAUUAGUGCUCAGGACCUGGAGGACAAGUUCAACAAGAUGGCCGACAGAGGAGGAGACUGACCUCUGACCUCUGAGCUGUCCGUCAUCAGGACGCUGUCCCUCCGUCUGUCAGACGUGUGAGGACGAGGAAGGUACCACAGACAUGGAGAGGACUGUUUCAACUGGCUGCAGCCCAGCCCACCAAAAUAAAAUACUGUUUCCUCUCUGACACACCAAAACCUGUGAUGUCACUACAGGCUGCUGUGAUGUCACUACAGACUGCUUUGAUGAUAUCACAACAGUCAGUGACGUCACCUGAGUUAGACAAUCAAAACUGUGAUCACUGAUUAAAUAAAGUUGAUGUCAGAGCAGUUUUGUACUUCACAGA